GUAAAGAAGCUCGUUCGUGCCGCAGCUCUUUAAUUUAACUUGAAGGCAGCAGCGACUCAUCGCACACUUUUGCAUUUUAACAUUCCCCGAAGCCCCCAACAAAUCCACAAUAAUGUCUCUCGUAGCAAAGAAACUGCUUCCCCUUUUCGACAGAAUUUUGGUGCGACGGGCUGAGGCCGUCACUAGGACGAAAGGGGGCAUUGUGAUCCCUGAAAAAGCACAAACCAAAGUCCUGCAGGGCGAAGUCAUCGCUGUCGGUCCUGGCCAGAGGAACAAUAAGGGAGUCGUUAUCCCAGUCUGUGUUAAAAUCGGAGACAAAGUUCUGCUUCCGGAGUACGGCGGCACCAAGGUUCAGCUGGAGGAUGACAAGGAAUAUCACCUGUUCAAGGAGACCGACAUCCUAGCCAAGAUCGAAUCUUAGAUAAUUUGCUGCUGGGAGUGUUGUGCAUGAACAUUGAGCGCGUAGUAACUGAUACGAGAGCAUUUCAUAUUUUUUCUUGUAACACACUGAUUCAGUGUCCAUAUUUUUUAUGUGUUCUAGUGAAAAAUAAAAAGAUAUAAUUGUUUCGCCAUCAAAUAAAA